CUAGGCAAUCCUGGCCUCUGUUGUCAUGGCAAACACGGUCGUUUUGUCGAAGCGCCUCCUGUCAGGCUGCUAUUAAUAGCCAGAUUCAGUUUCCAGUUACUUAGUUAAGCAGCAACACUUCGGAAAGACACAUAUCAAACAUGUCCUAUUCCAGCCGAUUCGGUUUCGACUUCCAGCUGCCGGACGAGGGAUGGUGCUACCCGAAGAACGACAUGCACUUCAUCCGCAGCGAAGAAUGGGUGCCCGUGGAGAAGGCUGGCGUGGGUCGCUCCUUCGCCAAUCCCAAUGGCGUUAUCUAUCCCCGGGUGGUCGGCAUGAUUCCGCGCUACGGGGGCCACGUUCCGGGCAAUAAAUUCCGGGUGGGCAACACCUACGGCCGUUCCACCAUCGAUGCCAAGCGUCAUCUGUCCCUCAACCACGAUUGAAGCGAAGCGAUUCUUAGAUCACUUUCUCACUUAUAGCCAAUCAAAAUUGCUGUGUUACGCUUAGAGAAGCACCCAAAAUAAAUUGUAUACUGUAGUACAGUCUAA